CACUUUGAGGAUCGCUUCAGGAUUAUUCUUAUUACUAAUUUAUACCAGUUGUACAAAUUGAUCCCGAAAGUCGUCAUGUGCAUCUGAGAUGACGUCAUGCUCCCGGGUCCCGGUGACGCCACGCGCGGUGUUUGUCAGCGGCGCUGCGGCUCAGUCUGAGGGAGCUCUUCACUUCUCCUCGAUAUUCACUUCACUCGGCUGCUGCGCAAGAACCGGAGAUAAACAAACAAACAGACAGACAGACAAACAAGCACGGCACCACACCCUGCUGAAAGUGUAAUGGAUUUCUAAAGAGUUCGGCUCCUUUUGUUUUCCCUUUUCGUUGUUCGUCCUAAAUUCGGGACGAGUGUAAACUUUCAGCUAGUGGAGCGGCUAGUUAGUUUAUUUACGUAGAGCUACGUCGCUGUUUUGCUAAUAGCUUGGCGGUUAGCUUGACAUUUCUGUCGAAGCCAGCGAAUUUUUUCCAACUGGAACAACUUGGGGAUAAAGCAUUAAAAAAGAGGUUUGCUGGAUAAGUGGAGUGGACCUACAGGACUGUGUGGCACAGAGGAAUGAGUCAUGACCUCUGUGGUGGUCAUAGAUGGUGGAGGGAACGUUUUGGAGUACGUCACCGGGGAUGAGGAGGCACAGCAGGAAGUGUGUUGUGAUGACACGGUGAUCCAGGAGGACGAAGCGGAGUGUCCUGCGGUGAUCGUGGAGCAGGUGAACAGUGCAGACGUGGAGCAGUGCUACGCCGCUCAGGUGCUCGUCUGUGAUGACGAGAACACCUACCUGAUGCAGGAUGUGGUGGAGGAGCAGGUGGUGGAGACGGAGGUGCAUGACGCCGGCAUAGUGGAGGUAUCGGUUCACGACAAAACCAUCGAGGCAGCUGAGGCUCUGCUGCAUAUGGACUCUCCAGCCAGCCUUCAUGGUGACCACAGCCCAGAGGAGUUCCUGUCCGAGAUGGAAGUGGAAGUGAGCACUGAGGACAUGGGACAAGUUGUGGAAGAUUGUAACAGCACGAUGCAGCAGGCAGAUCUGCAGAAAAAGAAAAGAGGACGGAAAUCCAAACUGCCGCGGGCUUGCUGUGACGGCUCCCUGGAUCUUAUUUAUAAGCGGAAGUCGAGAGAGAGCAAGGGCACCACCACGUACCUAUGGGAGUUUCUACUGGAUCUCCUUCAGGAUAAAGAAACCUGUCCUAAAUACAUCAAAUGGACGGAGAAGGAGAAGGGCAUCUUCAAGCUGGUAGACUCUAAAGCUGUAUCCAAGCUGUGGGGCAAGCAUAAGAACAAACCGGACAUGAACUACGAGACUAUGGGAAGAGCGCUCAGGUAUUACUACCAGCGAGGAAUUCUGUCCAAGGUGGAAGGCCAGAGACUGGUGUACCAGUUCAAGGAGAUGCCCAAAGACAUUGUGUUUAUCGAUGACGAUAUGGAGGACGGAAUGGACAAGAGCAAAGCGCAGAGUCCCACAGCGGUCGACACUCCCAGGCGGAGGAAGGAGAGGUUUUCUCCUGUUUCAUCCACAGCACCCAUCAUCAGCAUCGCCUCAGGACCUGAAGGACUCGUAUCUGUGCACCAGACUCCGGUCACCACGACAACUGGACCCAGGACUGUGAGGCUAGCCAUGCAGGUGCCGGUUGUCAUGACAACACCCCAGGGUCAAAAGGUCUCCACGGUGACCCUCAACUCCCCCACGAGCUCCUCUCCGGUCCUUACGGCAGGAAGCGUACUGGGUGGGGGGAACAGCGCGGGUAAAAUGGUGCUGGUGCCCACACAGGGGCAGAACGGCGAGCGGAUCACCCUGCAGCUCAUCACGCUUCCCACCACCACCCCAACCAAAGCGGGCACGCCCAUCACGCUGCGCACCCUCGCACCGCUCACAGGAACCCAGGUGCUGCAGCUCGCCGUGCCUUCCUCCGCCAACACGCCCACCACCUUCACAGUGCCGGCGGAGGCAGCUAUGAGCCCGCAGGACGUCAAGAUCAUCAAGUUGGAGCAUCUGGAGAGAAGCGUACGCGCAGACCAGGCCACCAUGCAAAGCUGAGACACUGUUCACUCAAAUCAAGCAACUGCAGCUUUUUGUGUCGAUCAAGAUACGAACCGAUUGCUUUUAUUACAGCAGCUGUGCUCACAGAGAAAUAGCACUACAGCUAAUCCACCCCUUCACGUUCACGUCCCAACACUAUCAUCGGCUUCUGAAACCAGUCACGAGUCUGCUUAGAAACCGAGCAGCCGAGACAAUGCUGGAGACGGACCGCCGAGGUUACGGCACUGAGCCUUAACCGGUGCUGAAGACGGAGACUCUCUGGACAAAACACAGCGAGGGGGAAAGAAACGUUUCCUACCAGCAUCAACGGGCGUGAAAAGGAUGCUGUACAUAAACUGACUAUACACAUAGCGAACAAAAUGUAAAGCAGCUUUAGAUUUUUUUGUUUGUUUGUUUUUCUUUUUGUUCUGUUCAACUCCCCCGCAGUGUAAAUAUGAAAUAUAAACUUUUUGAUAUUUUGUAUCAGGCAGUGUUUUUUUUGUUUUGUUUUGUUUUUUUACUAUCUAAAAAUGCAUCUUUAAACUUUGUAGACCUUAAUCAUUUCACUUUCUAUAUAUAUAUAUUUUUCUUCUUUUUUUGUUGCAUUUAUAUCCAUCAUACCUGUUAAACACAUUUCUUUUGUCUCAUUUACAAUUGUGUACAAAAAAGGGAGCGAAAAUUACGUGUGUGUGUGUGUGAGACUGUCUCUUUGGACUGAACUUUAUUGAAUGUUCAAUAUUUGAAGCAUAUAUUUUGUUGUACUCUUAUCCAAGCUUGUAUCCAAGUAGAUUUAAAUAUACAGGACAUAAUUAUGCAAAACAAA